GUUCGUAUGAAUCCUUUAUUUCAAAUAAUCAAAGAUAAUGAAUUAAUUACAAGCACGAGGAAUAUAUAUUCACAAAGUUUAAAAACAGACCAAAAAUUCAAGCCUAAUAAUAUUAAUGCUUCAGCCAAUAAGACGCUAUCAUUUGCUGGGUUACAUUAA